GGUGUGACCUCACUGGAGAAGGCUGGGCAAAUAUGCGCAAGAAUGCCAUCAGGGGUUUGAGCGUGCGGCCUUUGGGGAGGGUCGCCACAAUGCUGGAUGGAUGCUUUUAUCCAGAGAGUAUCGCAUUCUCUGGAAUACAGAGCUUGUGGACUUGGAACAGAAGAGAGGAGCAGUAUUUAUUAGUAUUUAUUUAUUUUAUUUGACCUUUAUUUAACGAGGCAAGUCAGUUUAAGAACAAAUUCUUAUUUUCAAUGACGGAACAGUGGGUUAUGUAAUUGCUUGUAGUGUAUUGUGUAAUAUAAUAUGUAAAUUACCUGAAUGUUUACUUUAGCCUGUUGCAAUAGUCCUAGAAGAAGCAUUCUGCAUGUGAGCUUGGAUUAUUGGCCAACUCCGGGAGAACAGAAUGAGUUUGGCAACUUUUUGGGCUGUGAAGGAUCUGAAUGUACCAAAACCAUAGAGGUAUUGACCAGAGCGGUAGACUCUGGGAAAACGAUCCAGCAGAACGCUGAUUACCUGAACCAGUUCAAAGAGAUGAGCUCUCCUGCUGGGGACAGAAAACAUUGUGAUGCGGGCUUGGUCUUACCCUUCGUCGGCCUCACUGGAAGUCUAAAGCAGAGUCGAAACUGUUGUAAAAAUGGUGGUACCUGUAUUUUGGGAAGCUUUUGCGCGCCACACUUCAUUGACCGGAGCUGUGAAUACCAGGAACGCGUCGGGAGCUGUGGUAUCAUUCCCCAUGGAGAGUGGGUGCAGAAAGGCUGCUCAUACUGCAGAUGAGGUCCAGGAAGUCCGCUGGUUUCGUUCAAUGGGUGUUGCAGACGAAGUAACUACUGUGUCUAGUACCUCCGUUUCUUAGUUUGCUCAUUUGAGAAGGGAUGAAUUAGAUGGAUUUCAGCCUCAAAGGCCUCAGAAUGAAAUGACUCCUGGUUUUGGGCAGCGUACUGAAAUAUCUGCGUCACUGAAAUUAAAAUGUUAAUCCUAGUGGAAGUCGGAGCUACAACUUGCUGGGUUAAAAGCAACUGUCUUGUAAGUGUGAAGGAGGCUGUACAUAAGAUUUUUAUAACAACUACUUUGUAUUGUGCUUUUUAUUCUCAAUCUGAUGAAUAUGUGAAUAUGAAUAUGAUGAUAUCAUGAAUAUGUAUCAAUCUGAUGAAUAUGUGUUCUGGUGGUUGAACGACUCAAUCAUUUCAUGUGUCCUUUGUUCUACGCUCUUGCUUUACAAAUGGAAAAUGAUGAAGUACACUAUAUAUACAAAGUAUGUGGACACUCCUCAAAAUUUGUGAAUUCGGCAAUUUACACACCUGAUAUUGACAGGUGUAUAAAAUCGACCACGCAGCCAUGCAAUCUCCAUGGACAAACAUUAGCAGUAGAAUGGCCUUACUAAAGAGUUCAGUGACUUUCGAUGUUGCACCGUCAUAGGAUGCCACCUUUCCAACAAGUCUGUUAGUCAACUUUCUGCCCAAGUGGUAGGCCACACAAGCUCACAGAACCAGACUGCCGAGAUCCUAUUAUUGGAUUCUAUGUGUAAUUAUAUUGUCAAAACCAUUAAAACAAGAUUUUAAUGUGUCAUGGUAAAAAAAAAUGGACAUAAUAGCAAUAGCAUUUAAUAGUAAAGAAAUGGUCAUGUGAAUCAGAGUCUUUAAUAACUCCAUUUUUAAGAGUUGUAAUUAAAACACGUUUAAACAAACUACCGAUUGAUUGGUUUUGUAAAUGUAAUUUGGCCAUUGGCCCAUUGUCUCUCCCAGCCAGUGCUGAAACACCCCUCAAAGCUCUAUUUUGUUAUUUUAUUUAUCUCUGUUUUCGUUUCUGCAGAACAUAACACAGAUUAGAUUUGGCACUGAGUCGUGACACAAGGGGAGGGAGAAUAAGGCAGACUUUCGAGUUAAUCAAACGUCUGUUGUCUAUGUGCUGCUAUGCCCAUGUCAGGACUGAAGGUCCACUUCCUGCUCUCCCGCUGUGACAGGCUGAACAAAUCAAGGGGUCAGCCACUGAACACUCUUCAGAAAUAGAAAAGGACAUAGUUAGAACUCCCAGCUCACUGAUGGCUCUCCUUCUUUGGCACUUCCUCUGUCUACAAGGUCAACUGGAUGUUGGUUCAAUCAGCCUCAGCCAGAAACCCAAAACCACUGAUGGCUCUUCCUGUGUAGCGUGUACCAGGUCUGAGUAAACAGCCUCAGCUUAGACAAACUCUAAAUCACUGAUGGCUUUCCCUGUGUACCACGACUGAAUGUUGGGUCAGACAGAGACAGACAGACAGACAGACAGAGAUUUUCAGCACUAAAACAGCAUUUUGAUUUACUUUCUUAGUGACAAGGAGCAUUUGUGGGCAGAGAUUAAGCCUAGUCCUGGGCAGUCGUUUAAAGUAUUUAAGUAUGGCAGGUAGCCUAGUAGUUAGAGCGUUGGGCCAGUAACCAAAAGGUUGCUGGAUUGAAUCCCUGAGCUGACAAGG